AAUAAUUUCCCAUCUUCCCCGUUGCUUCCGUUACCUACAGGACACUGCAAAUAUUUUUGCAAAACUCAAACUCCUUUGCUGCAAGCGCAGACUUUAUUUCUUUCAUUUUUCUUUCAUCAUCGCUAAUCAGAAUUAACAGGGCUACCGCACUAAAUAAUUUUAAUGGAGCAUGAUCCAAGAAAGAAGAGCUCUGCUAUUGGUGGUACCUCGCCGAUGGCGAGGAAAAAAAAUGGGAAAAAGAGAAAAUUCUUGUUGUGUUUAUUAUCUUCGGCCGUUUAUCCUCCUGCAGCCGAAGCAGACAGGAUUUUGGCGGGGUCGCCUGCUCGCAAAGUUUAAUUUCAAAAAUCUAGUUUUCAUGUCUUUACUGCUCUAUUCUAUCUUUCACUGUGCAGGGAGAGAGAGAGAGAUUGAUCAGAUGAAAUUAAUCCAAGCAUUGAAUGCACCCAACAACCCAAGAGUGGCGAUAUUCAAUUCUCUAUCAGCAGCUACUACUACAUGGUCCCAUUUCUUUGUGUGAAAUGGAUGGUUUCAGUGUAGACGAGAAUGAAGAUGCACCUAAGAAGAGAGAGAAUGGGAUUUCUUGGCCACAUCUACAUACUCAUGUCCAACACAGACGUUCCAAGAGUGCAUUUGGCCGGAAAUUGGAAGUUUCAAGAGGUGGAAUAUUGCACUCCACAAAGAAGGACCAUAAUGGAACCAAUAUGUCACCGCUGUCAUCAAGGGCUUAUAGGACACAAAGUCCACUCCAUGACUAUCCUACUUGUACAAAUAAAAAUAUUUCAUCAGACCAUCGAGCUUCCUUAGAACAAGAUAUUGAGCUGCUGCAAUUACGGUUGCAAGAAGAGAAAUCUAUGCGCAUGAUGCUCGAGAGAGCAAUGGGCCGAGUUUCAAGUACUUUAUCUCCUGGACAUAGGCAUUUUGCUACUCAGACAAAGGAGUUGAUUGCAGAGAUUGAGUUACUGGAGGAAGAGGUCGCAAACCGAGAGCAGCAUGUACUCUCUCUGUAUAGGAGUAUUUUUGAACAUUGUGUUAGUCGUGCUCCUUCAGAGCAAAAUUCAGGGGUCACUUCUCCUGCCCAUACAAAGCAAGUAUCCAGGAAACACCCAAGUAUUAUUUCAAGUGCUUUCUGCUCCUCAAAAAAGUUCCCUUUCCGUCCUCUGCAAGCUUUAGUUUUUACCAGCGAGUCAGGAAAAAAAUCCUCCAAGGCUAGCGAUGCUCCAUCGUUCAUCAAGAAAAGCGACAUUCAAUUUGAGAAGAUUUGUUUUGACCAUAUCAUGGCUCAUGAAAAGAUUCCAGACAUGGAGAAAAGUCCAAUACUGAGAACUCUAAAAAAUCAUCUCUGCCAGUGCCCAAGCAUGUUGUCUGAGGAAAUGGUCAGGUGUAUGGCUGCAGUAUACUUCUGGCUUCGUAGCACAUCUGUUUCUGGAAAAAAUAGAUCACCUACUUUGUCAAGAUCAUCCACUAACGUUGUACUUCCCCGGCAUGGUAUAGGCGAGGACCGAGGUUGGUCUUGCAAAUCCAUGGAAGAAAUAUCUCUGAUAUCAACUGAUAAAAGCCAGUUCUCUCGUGCAUCCUAUGCCAUUAAUAACUAUAGAGUUCUUGUUGAGCAACUGGAAGGGGUGAAUGUUAGUCAGAUGGAAAACAAUGCUCAAACUGCAUUUUGGAUGAAUGUGUAUAAUGCCCUUGUUAUGCAUGCAUAUUUAGCAUAUGGAAUCCCCCACAGCUCUCUGAGGAGGUUAGCCUUGUUUCAUAAGGCUGCUUAUAACAUUGGUGGCCACAUCAUUAGUGCAAAUGCUAUAGAGCAGUCAAUCUUUUGCUUCCGCACACCCCGAGUUGGAACGUGGCUUGAGACAAUCUUUUCCACUACCUUGCGGAAAAGAUCCAGUGAAGAAAGGAAACUUAUUAGUUCCAAGUUUGGCCUCUCAGAUGCUCAACCCCUAGUCUGCUUUGGGCUCUGUACUGGAGCUCUUUCUGAUCCUGUGCUAAAAGUCUAUACAGCAUCAAAUGUUAAAGAGGAAUUGGAGGUUGCAAAAAGAGAGUUUCUUCAAACAAACAUAGUUGUGAAGAAGUCAAGGAAAGUGUUUCUACCCAAAUUGCUUGAAAGAUUUGCAAAGGAAGCCUCUAUCAACUCAGAUGAUCUUCUCAAGUGGUUAAUAGAAAAUGUGGAUACCAAACUCCAUGAUUCAAUUCAGAAAUGCAUUGAUAGGAAAUCAAGCAAAAAGGCUUCACAGGUCAUAGAGUGGUUGCCUUACAGCUCAAGGUUUCAGUAUGUAUUCUCAAAGGAUUUGACAGAGAAGCCACGGUGGAUAUGAGCUUGUUAUGAUCUACAUUUAUUGUCCAUCUGAUCUUUGCCUAUUUUAGAUGCCACUUUGUAGCCCAUGAAUUUUUAAAUUCCUCCAACAAAUGUUUGGUUGGAUUUUCUUUUCUUUUCUUUUCUUUU